UCCCCGCGGCGGGGAGGGCGCAGUGAGCGGCGCGGCGGCUGAGGAGCGCUUCGAGGUAGCACUACAGCGUAGAGACUUCGGCGCGAAGCGCUACCGGCACCGGCGCUUCCUUCUCUUCCUACCGGUAAGUGAGGAAAGAUGGCCCGUACAAAGCAGACCGCCCGCAAGUCCACUGGGGGGAAGGCGCCGCGCAAGCAGCUGGCCACGAAGGCGGCCCGGAAAAGCGCCCCCUCUACCGGCGGCGUCAAGAAGCCUCACCGCUACAGGCCGGGAACCGUCGCGCUCCGUGAGAUCCGUCGUUAUCAGAAAUCCACGGAGCUGCUGAUCCGCAAGCUGCCCUUCCAGCGGCUGGUCAGGGAAAUCGCCCAAGAUUUCAAAACAGACUUGAGGUUCCAGAGUGCGGCCAUCGGUGCGCUGCAGGAGGCCAGCGAGGCAUAUCUGGUGGGUCUGUUUGAAGACACAAACCUGUGUGCCAUCCAUGCCAAGAGAGUCACCAUCAUGCCCAAAGAUAUCCAGUUGGCUCGCAGGAUACGGGGAGAGAGGGCUUAAGUGAAGGCUGUUUUUAUGGUGUUUUGUAGUUAAUUCUGUAAAAUACUUUGGUUUUAAUUUGUGACUUUUUUUGUAAGAAAUUGUUUAUAAUAUGUUGCAUUUGUACUUAAGUCAUUCCAUCUUUCACUCAGGAUGAAUGCUAAAAGUGACUGUUCACAUAAACCUCAGUGAUGUUGAGCCUCGGGCUCGGGAGUGACAAGUUGCUAAUAUGCAGAAGGGAUGGGUGUUCUUUCUUGCUUCUCAUGCAUGUUUCUGUAUGUUAAUGACUUGUUGGGUAGAUAAACUUGUAAGGUACUAGAAUUGAUAUAAAUGUGUACAGGGUCCUUUUGCAAUAAAACUGGUUAUGACUUGA